AUGCCACAAAAAUGGCCUUUUGGGGAGAUGGUCAAGCUGCUCCUGGAUAAUGGCGCCGAUAUAGAAUCCCAGGACAAGGACAAGCGCACCCUGCCGUUCCACGCUGCUUCUGCAUUUAGCCAGCCCGACAUUGCAGAGCUGCUGGUCAGCAGAGAAGCGUCUCUGGACGCUCAAGACCGCUUCGGCCUGACGCCGGUAGCGACUGCUUCUUAG